GGAGCGAUGAACAUGGUCAGCAUUUGAGUAUAGUUUACAGCCGACUGGACGUUUGACCACAUUGAGCUUCAUUUAAAACUUCCUACAAUUUCCCCAGUGAACUAUAAGUGAAAUUUUCUUAACAGUGACGUGUAAAUUGAGAACAAAAAAAAAACCUUCACGAAACGACAUAACACGUGUUACGGGGAUUUUUUCGUGUUUUUUUCAAACAGACACCGGAAAAAGAUGGGGAAAGAAGAAACAGCAUCGGCUUCUUCAUCUGAUGUUUCUGAUACAGUGAAACUAAAGAAAGAACUUGGACUUCACAAUGGGGUAGCUUUAAUUGUCGGAGUUAUAAUUGGAGGGGGGAUUUUUAUAUCCCCUAAAGGGGUGCUUCAGGAGGCUGGAUCAGUCGGACUCUCUCUUAUCAUAUGGGUGCUGUGUGGACUUAUAUCUUUGAUUGGGGCAAUGUGUUAUGCCGAACUGGGUACGAUGAUUCUAAAAUCAGGCGCCGACUAUGCAUACAUACGAACAGCUUUUGGUAAUUUACCUGCUUUUUUAUACCUCUGGGUGGCGAUAAUCAUUAUCUUACCCACAGGGAACGCCAUAACGGCUUUGACUUUUGCUGAAUAUAUACUGGAGCCCUUGUUUCCGUGCGAAUCGCCAGCAUAUGCAGUUCAGUUGCUAGCAGCUCUAUGUAUCCUGCUUCUGACAUUCAUCAAUUGUGUGAAUGUGAAAUGGGCAGCUCGAGUUCAAGACAUCUUUACCGUCACAAAAAUAGCAGCUCUCAUAAUCAUUAUCAUCACAGGAAUGGUCUAUCUCGUUACAGGUGACAGAGAAAGUUAUGAAGAACCAUUUAAGGGCUCUACCUCUGAUCCAGGGAACUUUGCAUUAGCUUUCUACUCUGGGCUUUUCUCAUAUGCUGGAUGGAAUUACCUUAACUUUGUCACGGAAGAAAUCAAAGACCCAUACAGAAAUUUGCCACGAGCCAUUGGUAUCUCGCUACCGUUGGUGACCAUCAUUUAUGUGCUAGCUAACAUUGCCUACUUCGCUGUACUUACACCGGUCGAGAUGCUGAAGUCAGACGCCAUAGCUGUGACUUUUGCGGAUCGGACAUUAGGAGUAAUGUCUUGGACAAUGCCUGUAUUUGUGGCCUGCUCAACAUUUGGAGGUCUCAAUGGAGCUAUAUUUACUUCAGCCAGGUUAUUUUUUGUUGGUGCUCGUCAAGGACACUUGCCAGGUUUCUUAGCAACAAUAAACUACAAAUUCUUCACUCCUCUGCCAUCUCUAGUGUUUGGGUGUAUAAUGUCACUUAUCAUGCUGUGUUGGAAUGACAUUUACGCGUUAAUAAACUACGCCAGUUUCGUGGAGUCUUCCUUUAUCGGAAUCAGUAUUGCGGGUAUGCUGUACAUGAGAUAUAAAUAUCCUGACUGGGAACGACCAAUUAAGGUACAUAUAUUCUUUCCCUGCUUCUUCAUGGUCAUCUGCCUAUUCCUGUUCAUCAUGCCCCUGACCGCGAGUCCUAUGGAAUGUUUUAUGGGAUUACUAAUGGUGGCUACUGGCAUUCCUGUGUAUAUCUUAGGAGUGAUGUGGGAAAACAAACCAGAGGCCUUCAAAGUUUUAACAGAAAAGUUCACAAAAUUUACUCAGAAAAUGUUCCUGUGUGUGAGGGAAGAACUGAAAGAAGAUUGAAGAUGCCAGCCUACAAAAAGAAGAUACAUAACAACACAGCAAGUCUUAGCUAUUUAUUGUCAUUUUAACUGCUGCGGGCCAUGUAAAAACUUUGGGAGUGUCCAGUAAGACAUGGUGGGACUUUUCAGAGUAGAUUACUCCUGUGUUUUUGUUAUGCCCCACCAUUUAUUGGGUGGGGUCAUACAGUAUGCCCCGUAUUCAUCCAUCCUGUUCCAUUCUGAAUCAGUGUCACAUCUUGAGAACUAGCUGUCUCUCACCAGGCAUUUAUGUCUGAUAGACAUUUCCCAGUUGAAAUAAUAUGGAACCUUUUUAAUGAAUUUAGACGUCAAUUUGACUUAUGGACCGCUGCUAGGUAGCCUGUUGUGCUUCACGUUUAACGGCUGUCGUCAAAUACUGCCAGUUCUUUGCCAUGUAAGAUUUCUGUGUUGUCUUAAUAGAGUCCUAAUGAAGUUGUUUUUGAGUGUCGGUGUCUUCCUGGAAGUUUAUAAAGCUCGAGGCCAAUUUCUGACACAACAGUGUUACUCACACGAGAAAGAUGAUGAAGAAAACACUCCAAAGCUCUUAAUACUACGUAGUAUAUCCUGUCGAAUUGGUUAAUGGUAUUCACUGGAUUUUAUUUUAUGUACCAGCCAUUUCAUCAAGGGAUAGGAUUAUCAUCUUAUUCAUGUCUGUCCGUCCGAUUGUGUCACAUCAUUUUUCAUUCCAAAUCAAUGUCAUAUUUUGAGAACUUCUCAACAGAUUUUUUUCAUGUUUACCCAGAAGUAUCUUAACAUCAAAUCCUACACCUUAUUAAGGCUGUCAUCAGUCAAGGUUCAAGGGUCAAAGGUUACAUUUAACAAGGGGUCAGAGGUUACAUUUAACAACUUCUGCAGUUUCAUCAAACAAUGCUACUUGUCUGGGAGAGAGGCAGACAUAUUCUAGUUUUCUUUUGAAUGACAUUUGCUAUAAAUGAAAUUUUAUCAGUGACAACCAACCAAAAAAUCUUCAACUUAAUGUCAUAAUGUUUUUGCUUUUAAUGACCUGUGGACCAAGUUUUAAGUUUUAACCUUCCAACUAACUCUUAUAUUGUCAGGUUAACUAAUGAUAUUAAGUAAGAUUGUUGAAGGAAUCUCAGUUUCUGAUUAAAUCUGUCGGUGUUUUAAAUAAUUUCAAACUCAUACAUAUUCAUACAAACUCAUACAUAUUCAUACAAACUCAUACAUAUUCUGUUGUAAAAAAAAUUGUAA